AUCUUAUGUGCGAACAAGCUCUCAACCUCUCCCAAUGCCACAAUCUCUGACUGACUCUGAUUGCCAAUAGUUUAUAGAGGACUCGAAUAUCUGUUGUCGCGACAAUGUCCGACAGUUAUGAGGAUGAGGCUGGCUUUGACAGUAAUCCUUUGCCUAUCCUCCUAGCCACUCUAGACAGUCCAAGGAAGCUCUUAGUGAUGCUGAAGGCUGUGCAUCUGAAUGAGAAAGCAACCUGUGUGGUGAGUGAGAGAGGCCUCCGCUUCACAGUGAAUGACAAGGGUAGUGCACAGACUAGCGCGUUUGUGAAGGCCGAUUUGUUUGACGAGUACGAAUGUCGAUCCAAGUGCGAUUUCGCAAUUAACCUGGAUGUUCUGAUCGAAUGCUUGAGUAUAUUUGGAGCCACAACCGCGAAUAGCCAGAGCACAUCGCUCCGCAUCUGCUACCCUGGUUAUGGGAAUCCGCUUGAGUUGAAGUUGGCUGAGAGGAAUGUUUGCACCACUUGUAAUAUACACACCAUGGAGGGAAUGUAUGCUGAAGAUAUGAACUUUCGUGGUUCCGAGGUGUAUAAUAAAGUCAUUUUACAGGCGGAAGCUCUGAGGCCCAUAUUCUCGGAGAUGACCAUUGGCGAUAAGCACGGACAGUUUGACGUAUAUAUUUCAGCACAGGAUCCUUGCCUUCGAUUCUCCACUUCGAAUGUAGCUGGUAGCUGUGAGGUGAGCUUUCCGCCCGAGUGCGAGGUCGUGGAGUCGUUAGAGAGCGUGCGGACCCAAUCGGGACAGUACCUCCUGUCUAGCAUGCGACACUGCCUCAAGGCCAUGUCCGUAGCAUCCAAAGUGAGUAUGAGAAUGAACGCGAGAGGAUUUCUCUCCUUGCAGUUCAUGAUUGAACACGAUGUGGGGCAGCAGAGCUUUGUUGAGUACUGGCUCGUACCAGAUGUCGAAGCAGCCGAAGAAUACGAAUAUGCCGAUGAUGACGAGUGAUCUGUCUGGCCUCAGUGAACGCUUUAGAAACAAUCGUCAACGCGGUGUGCACUUAUGGUGAUCUAGAGUAAAUUAGAAGGUCAUCGUAGAAAUACUGCUGCCGAAGCUUGACAUUUGAGGAUUAGUAGAUCGACCAAAUAGUGAAUAGCUGCCUGCGAGCGCCUAGUUUGUGACAUGCGCGGCUUGAUGGGAGCUGUUUGAUUGGUGUAGACACCCGUCUACAUACACUCAAUGACAUCUACAGGCUCUAGUACAUCCAUGCAGUCAUCGGUGCUUCUUUCAGCUAACUUGCGAUGGACACAGCAUGAUUUAUCCACAAGGCGAAUUCUAAGUAGUCGUAUGAACUUAAGACUGUGAUAUGGACAGGCCUGGUAUAGCGCAGAACGUGUCAUAUAUUCAUUGUUCCAUCAAACUGGCCCACGUUGAGGCCCGGCAAUCUUCUCGUUCCGCACGCAAGAUUACGCCUUGCCUUGACCACGGAAGAAGGCAGUACAGCACACAUGUAGCGUGCAGUGUAUCACAGACAAAGCGGCAACAACAGCACACACGUGUCUAUCGGUGUUGCACAUAGACGUCGUCCAUUGCUGUACAUACCCAUCGCUGGUUCAGCAAAUUUCCCACCGUACAGUACACUAUACAUGCACCGAAUUUUACUAUGCAUGCCGUUUACCGCAGCAUGUACGAUCUGUCUGCAGUGGCAAACACAACCCCUCUGUUGUUACCCUGGGCAAUAAGCACGUCUAUGACUGUACAUACAAGCUGUCGUCAGCUAUACACACUCACCCACUGGUGCUUUCCCAGAAAUACAUGCGAGUAUCGCAGCUUCUGCAAGCUUUCUGCUGUGGGACUUAAGUACCACCAGCUGCGACUGAGGCGGGCGAUUCUUUGAUAGUAAUAUAAUAGCGGGUACAACAAUCG